UGCUGAGCUGAGAAAACUUUGUAAUGAGCAGGCUUGCUGCAGUCUGGGGCAGUCCUUCCAGCCCAGCCCUGUGAUGUCCAGGGAGGGCACCAGCACAUUUCUCCCUGCACUCACAGCCCCAAUAAAUGAGUCCCCAAAGCUGCAUGUAGCAUGCGUUUGCUGCUUGUUAGUUCUGUUGUCCCAGCGCAGGGAAAAGACAAAGCCACGGAGCUAAUAAUGGCCCUGUUAGGCUGUGCAGCCCACAGGUUAGGAAGAGCUGUAUGGGAGUCUGGAGGAGCCUCAGCAGAGGAUCUGCACCUGUCCCAGCUGCCGAGUUCCACUCCAAAUGUGAACAACUAUUUUGGGAACGCUUAAGCCAUCAGAGAAGUGAAUGGCUCCAUGGUGGCUUGGCUCUGAUGCACCCCUCAAAGUAUGUCGUCUGGUUGACCACAGAACACUGUCUUGGGCUUUCUUGUCAUCCCUACCCAAAUUGAGAAAGGCGCCAAGAGACAAACGACCUCUGUUCACCCCUACUCCACCUUCCAUAAGUAGCUCCUAGAAACCCAAAGGAUCCCCAUCUAUCAGUGGUAUAAAUAGGCCUGGCAGGUGGUGGCUCCAAGGUGGAUGGGAAGCAGCCGGGCUGACAGGCAUCAUCCUCUAAAUAUAAAGAUGAAUCUGCCCGGGAGAAACCACUCCUGGGCUCCAGUGUAAGGUCUUGGUGCUCCUCAGAAGGGACUUCCAUCACCACCUCUCUGCCUCAGCCCCCUCCAGGCUCCGGUAGUUCCACUGUGACUCUUUCAGACCCAGGGGAGGGACACAGUGCCACCAAAGGGGAAGGGAUAUCAUCUGCUCAACCCAGCCAACUAAAUGAGAGUCAGUUCUGGAAUUAGGGACACAGACACACACACACACACACACACACACACACACACACACAGACUGACCCCUCUAUUCUUCCCAAGAGUGCAUUGCAGAAUGUAGGGGACAGCUCUAAUGCCCUGGUCACACACACACACACACACACACACACACACACACACACACACACACACACACGCACACACACACGCACACACACACACACACAGACUGACCCCUCUAUUCUUUCCAAGAGUGCACUGCAGAAUGUAGGGGACAGCUCUAAUGCCCUGGUCUCACACACACACACACACACACACACACACACACACACACACACACACACACAGACUGACCCCUCUAUUCUUUCCAAGAGUGCACUGCAGAACGGAGGGGACAGCUCUAAUGCCCUGGUCUCACAUGCCAUGUGUCAGGGCCACAAAGCCCCCAGGGCUCCUCUCACCACCGCCUCCUCCUCUCUCCAACAGUUGUCUGCCCUGUGACAGCUGCAUGUCCUACACUGACUGACAGCCUGCACGGAGUGGGGGGUGGGGUGGGGUGGGGUCAGAUCUCUGGAUUUGGGGGGGGGCGGGUUUUGAAGUGGGAAAGAAAAUGAAGUUCAAAUGCGGCUUAUUUUCCAUCCCUACCUGGGGCCUGUGACCCCUCCCAGCUCACCUGAUCACAGGGCUUGGGCUUAAGCACCAGGGCUUGGUAGCCUGAGUUAACCCAUAAAUGGGGUGUAAUGUGUCACGUCAGGAAUCAGGUACCUUCUCAGCGGCUCAUGUGCCCAGGGUGGGCAGAGCUGGGGAGACCUUUGAAACAGGUAGAGUUUGGGAAAUGCAGAGCAGUCAUCUGCAAAAACAGUGACCUUUGGCCCAGCCCAUCCCUGCAGUGAGCAUUGGAGCCAGUUGGGAGGGGCAGACAGCUGAGGAUACUCUCCAUAUAUGGCCCGGUCCGGUCCUAGCUACCUGGGCCAGGGCCAGUCCUCUCCUUCUUUGGUCAGUGCAGAAGACCCGGGCGGGGACCCAGGCUGAGAACCAGCCGAAGGAAGGGACUCUAGUGCCCGACACCCAAAUAUGGCUUGGGAAGGGCAGCAACAUUCCUUCGGGGCGGUGUAGGGAGAGCUCCCAGGGACUAUAUAAAAACCUGAGCUAGGGGACAGGCAGUCACAGGACGUGAAGCCUCACAUCCCACCCUCGGCAUCCAGGGCCAGAGUCAGAGCAGCAGGUAGGGUGGAGGUGGGGAGGGUGCCCUGGAGGACCCAGCCGAUCAAGCUGUUUAGCCUUGGGCCUGUGUCUAGCAUCACACUCUGCCCUAGAGGCAGACGGUUUAAAGAGGAAACUUGGCUCUGGAAAUUUCUCCAAACUCAUCUCCAGACCAUUUGAGCUGCUGACUUGGCAUUUAGGAUAUGCCUGAAGCUCUGAUAUCUACCCAUCACCACCCCCACAUCCCGCCUUCCCCCUCCCUGAGGACUAAAUCCAGGGCCUCCUGCAAGUGAGCAAGCCGGUGCUCUGCUACUGAGCCACGUGCCAGCCUUGGCUGCUUGAGAUUUCUCUCCCUGAAAUAUCUUUUUUCCUUCCCUCCUUUCAUCCCUCCUUCCUUCUUACUCUUUCUCUGCUGGGACCAAAUCUGGAUUCGUAGAGCUACACCCCAGGCCCUGGGAGACUGAUUUGAAGAUGUGUUUGGAGACAUUCAGCAUUGUCUUAGCCUUGGCGCAACUCCCUCUGAGUCUAAGACUUUUCUAAAGCCAGCAAGGCCUAGCUAAUCUCCGGACUAGGAGACAGGUGGAAGUGUCCUUUCUGACUUUGGAAUAUUGUGGGUAUUCAAACAGGAAGCUUCUCCAUAGUUGGGACAGUAUUGCCCUCUCUGGGCAGCGUCCUCCACCCUCUCACAGGACAGGCAGGUUAGCAGUGGGCCUUAAUGUCUCCUUCACAGAUGACAUCGGGAAGUAGAGAGGAUAGCAUUAGUUAGUGCCAGCUGUGGGGUGAAGGUAGAGGGCCUCAUGUCUCCAGAUGUCCCCUGCAUACCUAGUUGGAAGACUUAGUGUGGUCCACAGACGGUGCUUCCCUUAGCAAAAGCACAGCCUUGGACUGGGACAGCAUCCUCUGGCCCUCUGCAAGGGGCUGGGGGAAAGGAGUCUCUGGAUCACCCUAGCCCCCACCACACACACACCGAUGCUCACACACACUAUGGCCUUGUCCUUGCAGAAACUAGACACCAUGUGCGACGAAGACGAGACCACCGCCCUCGUGUGCGACAAUGGCUCUGGCCUGGUGAAAGCCGGCUUUGCCGGGGAUGACGCCCCCAGGGCUGUGUUCCCAUCUAUUGUGGGCCGCCCCCGACACCAGGGUGUCAUGGUGGGUAUGGGUCAGAAGGACUCCUACGUGGGCGAUGAGGCCCAGAGCAAGCGAGGUAUCCUGACCCUGAAGUACCCCAUCGAGCAUGGCAUCAUCACCAACUGGGACGACAUGGAGAAGAUCUGGCACCACACCUUCUACAAUGAGCUUCGUGUGGCCCCUGAGGAGCACCCGACCCUGCUCACCGAGGCUCCCUUGAACCCCAAAGCUAACCGCGAGAAGAUGACCCAAAUCAUGUUUGAGACCUUCAACGUGCCUGCCAUGUAUGUGGCCAUUCAGGCGGUGCUGUCCCUUUAUGCCUCUGGCCGUACCACCGGCAUCGUGCUGGAUUCUGGGGACGGUGUCACCCACAACGUGCCCAUCUAUGAGGGCUAUGCCUUGCCACACGCCAUCAUGCGUCUGGACCUGGCCGGGCGUGAUCUCACUGAUUACCUGAUGAAGAUCCUCACCGAGCGUGGCUAUUCCUUCGUGACCACAGCUGAACGUGAGAUCGUGCGCGACAUCAAAGAGAAGCUGUGCUAUGUGGCCCUGGACUUCGAGAAUGAGAUGGCCACCGCUGCCUCCUCCUCCUCCCUGGAGAAGAGCUACGAGCUGCCGGACGGGCAGGUCAUCACCAUCGGCAAUGAGCGCUUCCGUUGCCCGGAGACGCUUUUCCAGCCCUCCUUCAUCGGCAUGGAAUCUGCGGGGAUCCAUGAGACCACCUACAACAGCAUCAUGAAGUGCGACAUUGACAUCAGGAAGGACCUGUACGCCAACAACGUCAUGUCAGGGGGCACCACCAUGUACCCUGGUAUCGCUGACCGCAUGCAGAAGGAAAUCACAGCUCUGGCUCCCAGCACCAUGAAGAUCAAGAUCAUCGCCCCCCCUGAGCGUAAGUACUCAGUGUGGAUCGGUGGCUCCAUCUUGGCCUCGCUGUCCACCUUCCAGCAGAUGUGGAUCACCAAGCAGGAGUACGACGAGGCCGGCCCCUCCAUUGUGCACCGCAAAUGCUUCUAGGCGCACCCUCAUCUGCGUUCACUCUCUCUCCUCAGGACGAUGGUCGUGCUGUGGUUGCAGGGUGGCCCCAUCCAUCCUCCGCCAUGGCUCCAUUGCCACCACGGCAGCCAGCACCUGUUUUAGUCCUGUACAGAGAUUGACUCGUUUUACCUCAUUUUGUUAUUUUUCAAACAAAGCCCUGUGGAAGGAAAUGGAAAACUUGAAGCAUUAAAGCCAGCCAUUUUGUUUUGCUGCAACAAA